UCGCUUCGGCUCCGACAAGCUCAGCGCCUUCCCACGAAUCUGAAACCCCAAAGCCCCAGCCCAAAACCUUCAGACGAGCGCAGCGCAGCAAUGGCGACCAGGACGCUAUCCGUCUCCUCGCUCGCGUCCACCGCCUUCGCCUCCUUCCCGCGGCCCCGCAGAGCCCCAACGGCUCCUCCCCUCCCCCGCCUCCUCGGCCCUCGCGCCCGCGCCUCCCCUCUCUCCACCUCCUCCUCCUCCGCCGCCGCCGAUGACGAGGACGGCGUCGACACCGUCGAGCAGCUCCUCCACCCUCGCCCCCCGUCCGCCUCCGCCCCCGGCGCCCCGCGUGGCCGGACCGACCGCCUCAUGAAGCUGCAGCGCCGGGCCGACGACGACGCGGUUCCCGGGCCGGCGGGGCCCGGGGGGCGGAGGAGGUGGUUCCCUUACCUGGACGCGUUCCGCCCCGCGGUGGGGGGCGCCGAGCUGUCCAGCCGGGAGGUGGUGGAGGUGCUGGAGCCAUACAUCCUCGAGCCGCGGAGGGACCGGAUCCGGCACGCCGUCGACAACCGGAGCUACGCUGUUUGUCUCGUGGUGGAGGGCCUCUCCGACUUCGGCAACGUCUCGGCCGCGUUCCGCUCAGCCGACGCGCUCGGCGUGCAGUCCGUGCACGUCAUCUCCUGCGACAGCAGCAAAAGGUAUAGAGACAACAGGCAUGUCAGCAUGGGUGCUGAAAAAUGGCUUGACAUAGAGAUAUGGAACUCUCCUGCAGAAUGUUUCAGUGCAUUAAAAAAGCGUGGUUAUCGCAUUGCAACCACUUGUUUGGGAACUGAUUCGGUUUGUGUGUAUGACAUGGAUUGGUCUCAACCAACGGCUAUUGUUGUGGGCAAUGAGCUAAGGGGUAUAAGUGACGAUGCUCUAGAGUUGUCUGACUUGCACUGUAGUGUUCCUAUGAAAGGCAUGGUGGAUUCAUUUAAUGUAUCUGUUGCAGCUGGAAUCCUGAUGCACCAUGCUGUUUGUGAUAGAUUUUCCCGCCUUGGUCAUCACGGUGAUCUGUUACCAGAAGAAAAUAGAAUAUUGCUUGCUGAAUUCUAUAUGCGACAUAGGGAAAGCACAGCUACCAUAGUUCAUGAAUAUGCUAAAAGGAAGGCGGAAAAUUUUAUGGCCAGACUUUGAGAACAUCUUGACGCAGACUUAUGGCGUAGCGCAGGUGAUCAAGCUGGGUGAUUUGUUUGGCAAUCAGAUGUUGGCUUAUCCUGUGCGUUUUUCUAACAACAAACCAGCUGUAAUCAGAACUACGAUUUUCUGAACUUUGUCUGAAGCUAUUUUUCUUGGAGAGCACCGUUGGGCUACUUGGUCUUCGAGAGAUUCAAGACGACGAUUCCCACAGGAUUGCGGGCAAGAAUAUGACCCAAACCCAACCAUUGUGCAGACUGUUGACAGUUACGCACACGGUUUUCGAGUGACGUUGAUUUUUCUCCCAAAAUAGACGUUAACUGUGCUUGUAUAUGUUAGGAUCAAGCUCGAUACCUUUCCACUCGGAAUCCUUAAGGAAUGUUGGAAAUGCACCAUUUUCAACUGACGGUUAGGACUGGAACCCGGUAUAAACUUCUUGAGAGUUGAUACUUGAUAAGGUAGUAAGACGAAGGUGCAGUGUAAAAGAACUUAACUUUGUUUCCGCGAGGAUGGUGCAUUCGUAACGCAAAGCAAUGCAACUUGCGAGUACUGUGCCAUGCCUGCAACUGGUUACGGUGGAAUGCGUCUUCAAUUUCGCCA